CGUCAGCAAGAUAUUUUUUUUUGGUUCUUUUUGGGUAAUGUGGUAAAGCAUUAACCGACGUAAGCAAGAUACUUAAGUGGGGUAGAUGUGCGUUACUUCAAACCGUUUCUUCCAUUCUCCGUCUCUGUGUUUCUCUGUUGAUUCAUCACUGUCCGAGUCUUCUCUCUCUCUCUCUCUCUCUCAAGAAAUCGAGCAUGGAGUUAAUGAGUUUCAUCUGCCCUAAGCAUCCAACUGUGUGGGAUGGAAAUGGCUUCUCCGAAUGUUUUGAGAACAUGGUUUUAGGUUUUGGCGUGAACGUUGUUUCAAUAAUUAUGAUUGUUGUACUAGGAAUAAGUGGAAGGAAUGCUAGAAGAAGUACAAGGAUUUCCCAGAAAUGUCAUUCAGAGAAGGUUUUCUUGCAUUUGGUACCUGCUGUUGGAGCAUUUUUGGCUUUGUAUGAUAUAACCUUGCUUUUGAAGAGAGUUCUUCAAGAACAAAGUACUGUGUACCAUGAGUGGUUUUUCAAAUGUUCUCAAUUUUCAGUCUGGACUACUAUUAUGCUCUUCUCGAAGUGUGACAUUUGGUUCUUCAUAUUUUACAACCGCAUGCUAUGUUUUUGGUGGAUUACAAAACCUAUCUUGGGAAUCCCACACUUACAGACGAUGUUUUCUUCUUUAAAGGUUAUAAGAAAUUUUAAAGAGAGCUGUUCCUUUGUGCUGGAUAUCGUAUUUGUGAUAUAUCUCAACAUAGGAAGAGUAAUGAGGGAAUCUUCCAGCAACAGAAAAUGUGGUUCACUAGAAGAUUCACUUCUCUCAUGCAACUCAGAAAUAGAGGAAGAUCUUGGAGAUUCUGGUCACACUCGUAGUUAUUGGCAUAUCCUCACUUUCAAGUCUAUCAAUUCAGUAAUGGACCGUGGUGUGCUUAAGCAGCUGGACUUCGAAGAUCUGAUUCAGCUACCCAUUGACCUGAAUCCUUCCUCUUGCCACAGUACACUGCAAUGUUGUUGGGUAUCCGAGCAAAGUAGAAAUUUCUCUCAUCCAUCCUUGUUUAGAGCAGUAUGUUGUGCAUAUGGGUGGCCUUAUUUCCGCCUAGGUCUAUUAAAGGUGUUAAAUGAUUGCAUUGGUUUUCUUGGACCCUUGCUUCUCAAUAAAUUGAUUUCGUUUCUUCAACAAGGUUCCAGUCAUUUUGAAGGCUAUAUUUUCGCGAUAUCCUUGGGCCUUAUUUCCAUAUUUAAGUCAUUUCUUGAUACUCAAUACACUUUUCAUCUUUCCAAACUAAAGUUAAAGCUACGGUCGAGUAUCAUGAUGAUCAUAUAUCAGAAGUGCCUACAUGUUAGCCUUGCAGAGAGAUCAAAAUUUUCAGAGGGGGAAAUUCAGACAUUCAUGUCGGUUGAUGCUGAUCGAACUGUAAACUUAUGUAACAGUUUCCAUGAUAUGUGGAGGAUUUGGUGACGAAGAGGAUUAUUGGCAGUGGGCGUGAAGAGAAAUUACUUUACCUACUUGAACCUUAAUCACCUUUUUUGGCGAAAACUCAAUCUUAUGUGUGUGGACGUGCUGAUAGCAAUUCUAUGGAUUCUAUGAUGUUGUGGCACCAACGUUUAGGGCAUCCAUCUUUUGUUGUUAUGAGGAAUCAGUUAUCUCAUUUAUUUACUUCUUUUCCUAGUUCCCAUGUCUUUCAUUGUGAACCAUGUAUUUUUACUAAACAUUGUUGUUCUUCUUAUCUUUAUCAUAGUAAUAGAUCGAUUGUUCCUUUUCAUAUUGUA